AUGAAAUGGCAGAAAAUACGUGCAAAUCAAAGAAAGACAGUCCUGGCAUUCAUGUUGCUUGUGUACACAGCCCUCUCACAUGCAGCAAUGACAAGUUCGACUGUUAAUUCUUCACUCUAUCUUGAACCGGACGCAUUUCCGACCUACCGCAUUGGAAUUCUAUAUCCUGAUGUCACAAAACUCUUACCAGCCGACGUAUCACUCCGGAAUAUGAUAGUUGCAAGCGAAACAGCCGUCCAUAUGCUGGUAGAUAAAGUCAAGGCAGACAAUCGAUAUCCAGAUUUCAAUAUAACUAUUGUACGAUACUAUUCUGACGCUUACAAUCAAGGAAAAUCAUCCUGGGAAGCAACCGGGAUGAUCGAAGAUGGAAUAGAUGCAGUCGUGGGAGAUAUUUCUUCUGGGUUGACCGAGAUGUCGGCCUCCGUAACCGGUAUUUGGCAGCUCCCGCAAUGCUCGAGUUCUGCUGCAGAACUUUAUCUUUCAGACAAGGACGCCUUCCCUUAUUUCUUUCGCACCAUUGUAAACAGCAAUCAGUUUGGAGAGGCGACCGUGGACUGGGUUUAUAAUAUGAACUGGACAUCCUUCGCAGUUCUCUACUCAAACGAUUAUGUUGGACAACAAGCUCUUUUUAGUGUCACUGAAAGAGCAAGUGCUUUAGGGAUAGAUCCCUUGGUCCAGGUAUCUCUUCAUGAUUAUGAAGAUUCUCAUAUAAGAGAGUCUUUGUUAAUACUUGCUGAACAACCAACAAGAAUUGUUGUGUUUCCCGACCUCGAUCCAAGUCACCAAGUUCCAGUUCUCAAAUUGGCUCAAUCUAUGGGCCUACUAUCUGAAGGAUGGGCCUGGAUUAUAACAAAUGAUAUCUCUGAAGAACUCAAGGCAUCAACAAGUUCACCCGAGGAAUAUGCUUUAUAUGACGGCCUCAUGAUGAUAAGCGGUUUAUGGGACUUGACAGGACAACCUGCCUAUGAUGAUCUAAAGAAACGAUGGGAGAAUGAGCCUGUGCCAGCUGAAUUGAUUAGCACCGAACCUAAAUUGUGGAAGACCCAGGGCUUGUCGUACAAUGCGCCCGAGGCUUACGCUUGUGCCGAAUUAUUGGUCUUGGGCAUGGACAAGGCACUCAAUCUUUAUCCAGGUGGUCGAAGUAAAGGAUUAUCUGAUCUCAAGGCAAGAACCUUUAAUUCUAGCAACAUGACACCUACAUUUUUCAAUAUGAAUUAUACUGGUCCAAAAGGUCUUAUAGAAUUUUCAUCUACAGGGGACACUACAAAAGGGCAUCUGAAUUUUAGAUAUUUUAUUCUGCAAUACAUAAAAAGUGGAGAGGUCCUUACAUACGCAAAUAUCAUUGCAAAUGUAUAUGAAUUGACUUUAGUAUCAAUUAACUCGGAUCUUUGUAUUUUAUUCAUCUGUAAUUGUAUAGCUCUGAAUCCAAGUGCAGACAAAGCAAUCGGUAUCGUUAUCCUGGCUCUGACCAUGUUUGGAAUCUUUUGUUGCGUUGUCAUGGUGAUCCUUAUCGGACUCUUCCGGAACAUAAAACCAAUCAUGGCCGCCAGUCCGUUUUUUUGUUACAUCCAGUUACUUGGCCUUGCAAUGUCAUACCUGUCCGUUACCUUGUACAUUGAUAUGCCAACACCCUCCAAAUGUAUUUCCAGAAAGUUCAUUAUCACCAUUGCAUUUGUUCUGGUCAUGACAAGUAUAAUUGCUAAGAACUAUCGAAUCUACAAAAUUUUCCAAAAUGUAUUCACUGUUCGGACAGCUCGUCUCAAAUCACUUUACAUGAUGAGAUUUGUGGGUACAAGUACAUUGGUUAUCGUCCUCCCCCUCAUCGUUUGGAACUCUAUGUACAAAAUUGCUGUCGAAGAAAUAGUAGUAGGAACCAGCGAUUCCUGCUUUCUCUGCAAUUAUCCAACUACAACUGCAGAUUGGGCUGAGAUCACUAUUGCCGAGCUAGUUGUACUAAUUAUGUGUGCUUUCUUGAUAAUAAUAUCAGCCCUUCUUGCCUACAAGACUCGCAGAGUACGUGGAAAAUGGUCAGAAUCUAAUCAGAUUGCAUAUGUGAGCUAUAAUGCUUGCUUGGCUGCUUGCUUGGCUACACCUAGUUUAUUUCUUGGGUCUGACAAUUAUCUAGUCGCCAUAUACCUGAAACUGGCUGCAAUCUUGUUCGCUUCAACAUUUACUCUUAUUGUUUUGUUUGCACCAAAAUUGGUGGAGAUCGUAAAGCAUAUUACCGAGAGUAGUUCACUCAACAUAUGGGGAAAGGCACCAAAGUCUCAUAAACCCAACAACAACAAUAAUAACAAUAGCACUAGCCGCGGGGACGGCAAUAUCACCACAGACGAGCAAUAUUCAACUGCAAGCUCCAGUGAGUUUCGGAUCAACAAUUUAGUUGCAAAGAACUUGUUGGACUUUGUAAUGGAAGCGUAUGAAGGCGUUCUCCCCGUAAAACAAGAAUUGAGAUUUGAUUUAUUUUCAAUGUGGGAGCUCAAACAAUUAAUGGUUGUUCCACUCAAACGGUACUUUGUACUUGUUAAUCAAACAGAUCAAAGAGCAAGAAAAUACACUUACACCUUGUGUGAGCAGAUAUCAGCUGGAAGAAAUAUUUACAUAUUCCGUGUGACUACCGAUAAACAGCAGAUCUUCUUAUUCCAAGUAAACGAUCAAAUUGCGCUCGACAGAUGGAUCCAGUGGUUUAAAGGCCCUGGAGCAGACAACGGUGUGCCCUCUGCAGUGAGGAUAUUGAGUGAGACCAACCAUAACAAGGUUGGCGGAGAAAACAAUAAUCCCCACCACAACCAAGAAUACAAUCAUGAUCACGACCAUCACUUCAAUUAUCACCAUAGUGAUAAAGCGCUACUCAGCCAAGCUGCGGCACCCAUCACGACUUUUGGAUUAAUGGAACCAGACGACAUUCAGAUGGUUCCUUCGAAUUUUGUAGCCCAACGAUCUUUUGGAGUUGCAAGCGCACCGAGUACCGACCUAAUUGGAACAUCGACCUCAGACUAUUAUCAGUCUUCACAGACUGGUGGUGGCAGAAACAGAGAAUCUCUUUUCACAGACACAAACCCAAAUUACAGCAAUCCGUCAUAUAAUCUACCGCAAGACGAUAUUGGAAGUUUCCAAUUCCCGUCCAAACCUUCUCCUCUCUCACCAUAUUCAAGAUCAAACUACUCUUCUCCAAAUAAUACUACCCCAAAGAGUGACUGGCCAAGAUAUGAUUAG